UCAUUGAUAUCUUCACUUGUGUUUUGUGUGGUGGGGAGCGUGAGAGAGAGAGAGAGAGUGAGAGAUAGAGAGAGAUGGGGAGGAGUCCAUGCUGCUCCAAGGAAGGACUGAACAGAGGAGCAUGGACUGCUCUAGAAGAUAGAAUACUUGCAGCUUAUAUUAAAGCUCAUGGAGAAGGCAAAUGGAGAAACCUCCCAAAGAGAGCUGGUUUGAAGCGAUGUGGUAAGAGUUGCAGGCUUAGAUGGUUGAAUUAUCUUAGACCAGACAUCAAAAGAGGUAACAUAUCCCAUGAUGAGGAAGAACUCAUCAUUAGACUCCAUAAGCUUCUUGGCAACAGAUGGUCUUUAAUAGCUGGAAGGCUUCCGGGCCGAACAGACAAUGAAAUCAAAAACUAUUGGAACACUACUUUGGGAAAGAAAGUGAAAGUUGGAGUUGGAGUUGGAGCAGGAACUGCUGACUCCUCUCCUCCAGAAUCACCACAGAGUCCGACCGCAGUCAAGAAGAAUAAAUCUAAUUCUAAAGCAAAAAGGCCAGCCACUGUCACUGAUCGUAACCCCAAGAGCUCCUCGUCCUCCCAACCAAGGCUUGAAACCUCACCACCACCACCUGCUGCUAUCCGAACCAAGGCUUUGAGAUGCACCGCAGUUGUGGCCCCAGCAACUGACAGUAGUAGUCUCUUUAUCAACAACCCAACAACAAUUGAAAAUCAAAGCCACUCCUCCAACUCCAUAAUAUCAAAACCUCAGCCAGAAAUGCAAUAUUGCACUACUACUCAACACCUCAAAUAUUCUCAUGGCAAACAAGUACAAGAAGAAGAAAUGGAAGAAGAAGAAGAAGAAGAA